AUGCUCGACGCCAGGUCCUACCCGCUGCUGGUCGGCCUGCUUGUGCUGGUCUGCCUUGCCCAGCCAACCUACGCCUUUGGAGCUGGUAACAUUGCCAGCAUUUCCAAGGUCGAGGGUCAGAACUGGCGCCACGGCGAUAUUGAAGAUGCCCUCCUUACCCUUGCCAUGGCCCGCGCCAUCGGCGGCAAGAAGUUCAGCAAGAUGAUGGUUUCCCGUGUCUACUUUGGCAACUGGCUCAGAGAUUACUCCCAGGCCAUCGAUGUCGGAACCGUCAAGUCCGUCUCCGCCGAGGCCAUUCGUCUCCUUCUUUGUGUCUUGGGUUUCUUGACCUUUGGCUACGGAUCCAAGGAGUUCGAGGUCACGGCCGACCGUCUUGGCUGCUACCGCCCCGAAGACCACAUCGACAACCCCAAGAACUAUGCCGACAAUGUGGAUGCCCGCCAGUAUGACCGCCGUCUGAGAGGCCCCGUUGACGAGAACGUCGAGCUUGGGAUUGACCGCGAGUCCGGCAUGAAGAACUACAUUGCGAACGAGCAGGCUGGAAUCAUGACUUCUGCCGCCCACAUUCGCAACCUGUUCGCCCGCUGCAUCGAGCUUGCCCGAGGAUACUCCCGCAAUAAGAAUGAGGCUGAUCUCUACGAGGCCAUGCGCCUCAUGGGUACCGGUCUUCACUGCUUGGAGGAUUUCUUCGCCCACAGCAACUACUGCGAGCUUGCCUUGAUUGAGCUUGGCGAGCGCGACGUCUUUCCCCACGUUGGCCGCGACACUCAGAUUCAGCUGAACGGAGCUAGAGGCGAUGUUUACCCGAUUGUCACCGGCACCUUUGGUGGUGUUGACUUCCUUCACUCCGUCACUGGCGAAGUACCAGUCUCCGACAAGCUGACCCAGAACGAGAUUGAGGAGCUCGAGGGUACUCUCCAGGAGAGCAAGAACAACGAUACCAGCAUUCUGCGUAACCUUCUGGACAUGAUCCCCGACGGUAUCUUUGGUGGUAAGCACCAGAGCAACCGGGUGGACGAGCUACAGAGCAACGCGACCUCGUCGCAGCUCCAGAACAUGCAGGUCUCUCCCAGGGAGCCUGAGGAGUACACCCGCUACAUCCAGGAUGUUUUCAAGCAAAUUAUGCCUGCCAUCGAGUUCCACGACGAGAUCUUGCAGGGUAUCUCUGAGGCCAUUGAGAAGAUUCCCGUUCUGCCCAAGAUUCUUGAGCAGCUUGAGGAGCAGCUGUCCAAAUUUGUCUUCUCAGUCAUCGCCCCCUUCAUUAUUCCCGUCAUCAGCCAGAUCCGCAACGAGCUGCGCACUGGUUCCGCUGAGAUUAUCGAGAGCAGUGAGAAGGAGCAGCACGUCGUCUUUGACGAUGACCGUAGCACUGAUCCUACCCACUCCAUGUUGUCCAAGGACCACUUCACCAACAUCUUGAACGAGGUUGCUGGCCGUUGCGCUGCCAAGACUCUCCACUGGGUUGUGCCCCAGCUCAUGGAGGCCAUUGAUAACGACAGUGUUGAUGUUAACCGCACCUUGAACCGCAUUAUCUUUGGCGUUCUGCACCACCCUGCACAACGUGAUAUGGGAGAUGACGGCGCUCGUGAGGGCCGUCAGCAAAUCUUCCAGUUCUUUGAGGAGUGGUGGAACAACAUGGACAGAAGCCAGCAGGAUGACUACCGCCGCAAGCUCAGCCGCGAGGGUGUUCAGCGCGGUGAGAACCACAGAGAGGGUGUCCACGACACUGGACACGGCCACGGCUGCAGCGGAAAGCUUCACAUGCGCAAGCAGUUCGGCGAGCCCAAGAACUGGGAAGACAAGGUUGCCGACCAAGCUGCCGGCGCCAUUCUCGAGGGCGCUUCCGGUGCCAUCGCAAACCUUGUUGGUCAGCAGACUGGGGUUAAGGUCCCCAAGUACAAGCAUCAGCAAGAAGAGGAGGAGAGCGGUGGUGGCGGCGGCGGCGCCGGUGGUCUCAUCGGAUCUAUUCUCGGAGGUGUCUUCAAGAAGGACGAGACGGAGACACAGCACAGCAGCCGCCGUGAUGACGAUGGUGGCUACACCCAGACUACGACUGAGUACGGUCACCACGGAAACAAGUAUGGCCAGGCCGAGUACAGCGAGACCCAGUACCCCGGUGGCGGCAGCCGUACCGAGUACCGCAAGUAUGAGCAGGAAGACAGCUCUGGCGGACGCCGUACCAGUGGCCGCGAGUACGAGGAAACCACCGAAUCCCGUCCCUCUUACGGCGGUGGCUAUGAGCAGCGCACCGAGACUCACCGCUACGAGGGUAACACCCAGUCUGGCUUCAGUGGUGGCCGACGUGACGACAACGACGGCUACGGCGGCCGUCGUCAAGAGGAGAGCAACUACGGUGGCGGCGGCGGCUAUGGCGGCGGUAGACGCGAUGAUAACGAGGGCGGCUACGGCGGUGGCCGCCGUCAGGAGGAGAGCAGCUAUGGCCGCCAAGAGCAGAGCUACGGUGGUGGUGGUGGUGGACGUCGUCAUGACGAGGGCGGCUAUGGUGGCGGCGGUGGUGGUUACGGAGGUGGCCGCCGCGAAGAUGAGGGUGGCUACGGCGGUGGACGUCGCCACGACGAGGGUGGAUAUGGUGGCGGCGGUGGUGGCUACGGAGGUGGCCGUCGUGAAGACGAGGGCGGCUACGGCGGUGGUAGACGCGACGACAACGAGGGCGGCGGCUAUGGACGCCAGGAAGAGCACCACGGUCGUCGCCGUGACGAUGACGACGAGCGCCGCGAGGGCGGCGGCGGCGGCUUUGGCGAUUUCAUUGGCAAGGUCGCUGAGCAGUUUGGCGACAACAACAACAACAACAACAACAACAACAACAACAAUAACCGCAGAUGGUAG